UGCAGCUCAGCUGAGAGGAACGUCAUGGCGGUGUAGAGCGGAUUUCACUCAAUGUUUACAUUCUGUUUAUCGUCUCGUUUCUGGUUUUUCUCCGGUUUAACCGCAACAAUGCACGUCUUCUGCGACUAACUUGGAAAGCAGCCUUUCUUUCUUUCUUUGAGCGUCUGACCCACACGCAGAGAGAGAUCCAGAUCAGGUGGUCUGUGGCCUGCGGAUCCGCUUUACCCAGCAGCCCCGGGGCCAUGGGUGAAGAGCGGCAGCUGAGUCCGGAGGCCCGUCAGAGCCCCGAGCCGGAGGACCCACAGGUUGUGUUCCCGCUGCUGCACGGCGAGUGUGUGAAACAUGUCGGGGGGGCAGAGGAGUCUAUCAUUGCCUUAACCAGCUACCGCCUUCACAUCAAGCUCCAGGAGAACGGCAUCAGUGUCCCACUGCAGCUGAUUGAAAGUGUGGAGUGUCGGGAUCUGACGCAGCUGCACCUCACCUGCAAAGACUGCAAGGUCAUCAGGUGUGCGUUCCAGUCGACGGAGCAGUGUCAGGAUUGGCUGAGGAGGAUUAGCGCAGUCGUGCGGCCGCCGGCCCGGUUACAGGAGCUCUUCGCCUUCGCCUUGCUCUCGUGCAGCGCCAGUGUGUCUGCUGAGGACAGAGAGGUGCAUGAUGGGAUCUGCCGUGCAGCAGGAGGACGUCAGCGAAGGUUUAAGCGCGAGCUGGAGAGGAUGGGCUUCGACACACACAGUGCCUGGAGAAUCUCCAACAUCAACACACACUACAGGGUUUGUGCCAGUUACCCAGAGCAGAUCAUCGUUCCCGCUGCGGUGUCGGACCAGGAGCUGGAGAGCGUGGCGGCGUUUAGAUCCUGGAAGAGGAUCCCGGCAGUCGUUUACAGACACCAGAGUUCGGGCGCUGUGAUUGGUCGAUGUGGGCAGCCAGAGGUCAGCUGGUGGGGUUGGAGAAAUGCCGACGAUGAGCGUUUGGUUCAAGCCAUCGCUAAAGCCUGUGUCACGGAUCCGGCCUUGAGCGCGGCUCAUGCUAACGGCUCAUGCGUUCGCCAUCACGCCAAGGCUUCGCUCGGUCACUCCGGUUCUCACACGGCCAAUGGGAGCGUAGAGACGGAGCCCAAUGCCACGCCCCCUCAGAAGCUGUUAAUAAUGGACGCCCGGUCGUACGCGGCGGCGGUAGCCAAUCGGGCGAAGGGAGGCGGGUGUGAGUGUCCAGAGUACUAUCCCAGCUGUGAGGUGAUAUUCAUGGGUAUGGCCAACAUCCACUCCAUCCGGAGGAGCUUCCAGUGUUUGCGGACUCUCUGCGCUCAAGUCCCGGAUCCGGUGAACUGGCUGUCGGCGCUGGAGGGCACUAAAUGGCUCCAGCAUCUGUCUCUGCUGCUGAAAGCGUGUCUCCUGGUGGUGAGCGCUGUGGACCGGGACCACAGGCCGGUUCUGGUGCACUGCUCCGACGGCUGGGACCGGACGCCUCAGAUCGUGGCUCUGUCCAAACUCCUGCUCGACCCCUUCUACAGGACCAUCGAGGGUUUCCAGGUGCUGGUCGAGAGCGAGUGGUUGGAUUUCGGGCAUAAGUUUGCCGAGCGCUGUGGUCACGCCGAGAACGCGUCCGAUGUGAACGAGCGCUGUCCUGUGUUCCUGCAGUGGCUCGACUGCGUUCAUCAGCUCCAGAGACAGUUCCCAUGCUCCUUUGAGUUCAACGAGGCCUUUCUGGUGAAGUUGGCGCAGCACACGUACUCGUGUCUGUUCGGGACGUUCCUGUGCAACAGUGUGAAGGAGCGAGAGGAUCAGUGUGUUCAGGAGAAGACGUGCUCGGUGUGGACUCUCCUGAGGCCGGAGAACUCUUCGUUCCUCAACAUCCUCUACUCACCGCACUCAGAGACCGUUCUGUACCCAGUGUGUCACGUGAGGAACCUGAUGCUGUGGAGCGCCGUCUACCUGCCUAACUCCGCCCCCUCCACGCCUUCUGACGAGUCAUGUGUGCCUAACUCCGCCCCCUCAGCCUCAUCUGUGAGCAGGUUACCAAAGACUCGGUCGUACGACGAUCUGCACACAUCGUGUGAGGGUUCGACCCCGCCCCGCCGCAGCAGCGACCCCAGCAGGACUGAGAAGUGGCAGGACCGCCUGAGCGCGAUGAGGAGCGCGACCAAAGAACCGGACAAGAGUCUCCCCGAUCCGAGACUCGGCUUACACACCAGCGACUCUGACGGAUUAAAGGGGGUGGAGCUUUCUGUGACUGACAGCCAAAUGGAACAAGAAGUGAGAGAGGAGGAUAACCAGAAGGUGGAAGUGGUAAAUCACACGCCUGCCUUCGAUAUUCCAGAUCAUUUGGAGAGUGAGGACCAAACGUUUGGAUCACCAGAAGAUAUUAAAGAUCACGCUGUGGAACGUUCCACUGAAGAACACCCUCGUAAAUCCCAGCAUCCUCUUCCCUCUCACGAAAACAGCGAGUUGCUAUCAAACGGGUUAGAUCUAAAUAAACACGCCCCCUUUACAAUUACCCAUGAUCCUUCAGAAUCUAGCAGCCAAUCUUCCAUGGAUAGUUCUUCCAGUCCGAACCACACCGUCAACGGCGUCUGCUUACCUUCCCAGCAUCCCGUUCAUCCGCUUUCGGCCAAUCAGGACGGGUUGAGUGUUCACAGCGACGCCGUACAGGUGCGUCUGCGAGAGAUGGAGGCGGGGCAUCAGCUGCAGGUGGAGACGCUAAAGAAACAGGUGCAUGAGCUCUGGAGCCGUCUGCACGUCAACGGGAAGCUGACGUCUCGUCCGGACGCGGAGAAUAACCUGGAGGUGCAGCGCUGCGGCGCCACGGAUCUCCUGUCCGAGGCCAGCUGGGAACAGAUCGGACAACGGGAAGCAGAGGUGACGCAGUGGUACUCUGAUCACCCGGCGUCCCGUUGCUAUGGUUGCGAGAGGACGUUCUGGCUGGCGAGGAAGCAUCACUGCAGCGGCCGAGAGCCGGUUGAUGAGGCCUGGAACUGUGGGAAUGUGUUCUGCACGAGCUGCUGUGACCAGAAGGUGGCGCUAGCAAGUCAACAGCGCCGGGAGCCGAACCACAUGUGUCAAGCGUGUUACGGGCACCUCCGGCCCUCAUCCGUUCCUCCUGCGCUCCCUCCGGCAGACCUGGAGCUGGAGAAUCCCAUCACUGCCAGCUCCAACUGAGCCGGAUCCCAGCCACAUCUCAGCCGGAUCACACGGAGAAUCCCAUCACUGCCAGCUCCACCUGAGCCGGAUCCCAGCCACAUCUCAGCCGGAUCACACGGAGAAUCCCAUCACUGCCAGCUCCACCUGAGCCGGAUCCCAGCCGCAUCUCAGCCGGAUCACACGGAGAAUCCCAUCACUGCCAGCUCCACCUGAGCCGGAUCCCAGCCACAUCUCAGCCGGAUCACACGGAGAAUCCCAUCACUGCCAGCUCCACCUGAGCCGGAUCCCAGCCACAUCUCAGCCGGAUCACACGGAGAAUCCCAUCACUGCCAGCUCCACCUGAGCCGGAUCCCAGCCACAUCUCAGCCGGAUCACACGGAGAAUCCCAUCACUGCCAGCUCCACCUGAGCCGGAUCCCAGCCGCAUCUCAGCCGGAUCACACGGAGAAUCCCAUCACUGCCAGCUCCAACUGAGCCGGAUCCCAGCCUCAUCUCAGCCGGAUCACACGGAGAAUCCCAUCACUGCCAGCUCCACCUGAGCCGGAUCCCAGCCGCAUCUCAGCCGGAUCACACAGAGAAUCCCAUCACUGCCAGCUCCACCUGAGCCGGAUCCCAGCCGCAUCUCAGCCGGAUCACACGGAGAAUCCCAUCACUGCCAGCUCAAACUGAGCCGGAUCCCAGCCGCAUCUCAGCCGGAUCACACGGAGAAUCCCAUCACUGCCAGCUCAACCUGAGCCGGAUCCCAGCCGCAUCUCAGCCGGAUCACACGGAGAAUCCCAUCACUGCCAGCUCCAACUGAGCCGGAUCCCAGCCGCAUCUCAGCCGGAUCACACGGAGAAUCCCAUCACUGCCAGCUCCAACUGAGCCGGAUCCCAGCCGCAUCUCAGCCGGAUCACACGGAGAAUCCCAUCACUGCCAGCUCCAACUGAGCCGGAUCUCAGCCGCAUCUCAGCCGGAUCACACGGAGAAUCCCAUCACUGCCAGCUCCACCUGAGCCGGAUCUCAGCCGCAUCUCAGCCGGAUCACACGGAGAAUCCCAUCACUGCCAGCUCCAACUGAGCCGGAUCCAGCCGCAUCUCAGCCGGAUCACACGGAGAAUCUCAUCACUGCCAGCUCCAACUGAGCCGGAUCUCAGCCGCAUCUCAGCCGGAUCACACGGAGAAUCCCAUCACUGCCAGCUCCAACUGAGCCGGAUCUCAGCCGCAUCUCAGCCGGAUCACACGGAGAAUCCCAUCACUGCCAGCUCCAACUGAGCCGGAUCUCCAGCCGCAUCUCAGCCGGAUCACACGGAGAAUCCCAUCACUGCCAGCUCCAACUGAGCCGGAUCUCAGCCGCAUCUCAGCCGGAUCACACGGAGAAUCCCAUCACUGCCAGCUCCAACUGAGCCGGAUCCCAGCCGCAUCUCAGCCGGAUCACACGGAGAAUCCCAUCACUGCCAGCUCAACCUGAGCCGGAUCCCAGCCACAUCUCAGCCGCAUCUCAGCCGGAUCACAAGGAGAAUCCCAUCACUGCCAGCUCCAACUGAGCCGGAUCCCAGCCACAUCUCAGCCGGAUCACACGGAGAAUCCCAUCACUGCCAGCUCCAACUGAGCCGGAUCUCAGCCGCAUCUCAGCCGGAUCACACGGAGAAUCCCAUCACUGCCAGCUCCAACUGAGCCGGAUCCCAGCCGCAUCUCAGCCGGAUCACACGGAGAAUCCCAUCACUGCCAGCUCCAACUGAGCCGGAUCCCAGCCGGGUCACACGGAGAACUGGCUCAAAGGAUCAGGAUCGAGAGCUCAUCAUUUACUCACUCUCAUGUGCUUCUGUGUGACCAAAGUGCACAUCUAAAGAAUGAUUCACCAAAAUAUUAGUAAGAAAGAAGUUGAUCAAGGAGAUGGAAAGACGAAGCGCCGAACAUUAGUCCCGAACAGAUGAGUAACUCUGAAAAUCUGAAAAACGAUCCGCACACGAAUAUUGGCCAAAAAGCUCACAGGGUUUUAUUGUCCAGAGGCCACAAAUAAAGUGAAAAAGUGUGCAAAACAUCUCCGGGUUCAACGUACUGCGGUAAUUUACACACUUAUUACCGUAAUCCAUGUAACACUCUGGAAUCUGAUUUUUCCCAUACAAAAAUAUUUACAUUUACAAAAUUUUGAAUAGAGGAUUGUUGUGAUAUGCAUGUAUAAUCAUGUAAACCAUUUAUGUAAAUAUUUUUAUAUGGGAUAAAAUCAGAUUCCAGUGUAUUACAUGGAUUACGGUAAUGAGUGUGUAAAUUACCGUUUUGCACACCUUGCACUUUUUCACUUUAUUUGUGGCCUCUAAACAAUAAAAUCCGGUGAGCUUUUUGACCAAUAUUCGUGUGCGAAUCUUUUUUCUGAUUUUUAAGAAAGUAGUUGAGAAAUUUCUCAGACAUUUGUAAGAAUAUGAAAUUCUUGGAUAUUUUCUUAAGAACAUCCUCAUUUUUAAAAAAAAAGAAAAUUACAGACUUUGGUGUUUAUCUGACUCUCCAAAGACUUCAACACAAAGAGAAACACCUCAAAGGCGCACUAACGUUUAAAACACUUUUUUAUUUUGAUAAUUGCAUAAAAAAAAAACUUUUUCAUAAUAAGCUGGCAGUGAUAUCUGUCGCAACUGGCUUGAGGACAGUUCAGGGACCGGAUUCACGAAAAUCUUCUUAACUCUUUGCCGCCAGCGCUUUUUAACUCUUUCGUCAAUUUAUUCAGUAAUGUGUUUCCAUGUUUCGUCAUUGAUCGCUAUCAUCAGUGUGGACAGGAACAGUGAAUCACUGCAAAGCUAUUGCUAUCUUUUUACUUCUAAACGAAGAGCAUAAAAGAACUUCGUUGUGAGUUUAUCGGCGAUUCUCUUGCGCGUCGUGGGCAGUUCACUUAACGGCCACCGGUGUCACUGAUCACACGGGUUCCUGAUCCUACAUGCAGCUCCUUUAAUAUAAAUAAACGUUUAAUCAAAAUAAAAAUCACAAUAGAGUGCGAUUAUCAAAUCAAAUGCUGGAUUUUAAUUAAGUUGUUACCGAACUACUAAUUUAUUCAGUCACGUCAUGCAUAAUCAUGACCAAUCUGUGUUUACAUUAUAAACAAUGGUGUCACUUCAGAGAACCUGUCGCGAGGAAUAUUAAUAUGUAUCAUAUAUAUAGUCACUAGUGUUAUAUUGUAAUGCUUGGUAUUACAAGUCGAAGGCUAUCUGAACUUUAGUUAGCCUAUUAAAUUCUUAAAUUUUGAAAAGAUAACAUUCCUCUUUAUGUUUUGUGAAUCCACCCCGAUCUCGUUUGGAUUAUUUUUACGAUCAUUCUUUAAAAAAUAAAUAUAUACUUCAUAAAUAUGAUAGACGAAUAGAACUUGUAUGCAAAUGAGAUCUGAAGGUCCAAUCCGGCUCACCGUCCUUUAGUUCAUGCGGCCGAGGAAACGAUGACAGAACUUUAAUAUCCCUGAUUCGCUCUAACUUUGCCGAGGAGUUUUGCACACUUGAAUCUGUGUUCAUGAACUUUGUUUGUAUAUUAUGUCACAUGUUGUACAGCCAAUGCAAUGAAAGCUUGACUGACUGAAUGGAGUUUCACGAAUUUGAGCAAUACGCACCACAGGAUCGGGACGGUUAUGGAAAAGAUCCUUGUGCGACGACCAUCUCAAACCACGUGUCUGCUGUCGCUAUGCCCUAAUGAAAUCCCCCACAAUGCAAUGCUGCUGUCUUUCCUCUCUGUUGGACAGGGUUUGUACGAGCACUGUCGCUUAUGGAGUCGUUUGUGUGAAUGAAAUUAAAGCACAACACACUGCCAACCUGAA